AUGCUUUUUGGGCUGCAUGCAAGGGACGACACGUCCGCAGUGAAUGCGAUAUUCAAGGCCGCCGGCGCGUACACAAGCGGCGGGUCGCUGCCACCCGUGUGCGAGCGCGCAGGCAUCACCUGCGAGAACGAGCGCAUGGUGCGGAUUGAAUUCUCGCAAUGCAGCGACCCGCCUGCCCCCGCCAGGCUGGACGGCACGCUGCACUGGGCGCUGGGGUCGCUGGGCAGCCUGAGGGCGCUCAACUUCUCCUGCAACAGCCUGCGCGGCGCCAUCCCCAGCACGCUCACCAAGCUACAGCACCUCACGGCGCUGGACCUGAGCUUCAACCGCCUGCGCACGCGCGUGCCGCGCCGCCUCUUCCGCAUCCCCGCCCUCCACACGCUGCGCCUGCGCAACGCCGGGCUCCUCGGCGGCCCCAGCCCACUCCUCUGCCUACCGGCAACCGCAAAGGAAGAAUUUCUCACGCGCGCUGCGGCAUGUAGACCUCGCGCACAACCGCCUGUGGGGCUCCCUGCCCAGGUCCAUGGCCAGAAUGCGCAAGCUAGAGAGCCUCGAUGUGAGCUCCAACCGCCUCAGCAGCAGCAUCCCCAAAUCCUUCUCAACCGUUUGAGCUGCACCAUUCCCAAGUCACUCCUCUCCCGCAUCACAUCGCUACAGAGCCUCGAUCUGAGCUUCAACCACUUCUCCGGCAGGCUCCCCGCGGGGCUGAUGGCGCAGCGCAGCAUGGUGAGGCUGAGGAUGGCAGGCAACCGCUUCUCAGACGUCAUUCCCGCGGGGCUGAGAGGGAUGACGCAGAUCAGGGUGAUGGACCUAAGCCGCAACCAGCUGCGCAAAGGCAUCCCUGCGGGUAUCCUCAAGAUGCAAUCUCUGGAGGAGCUGCGCCUGCACCACAACUCCCUCAGCGGGGCCUUCCCCAGCACGCCGGACUCCCUGUCCCACAGCAUCAGCUACCUGGAUGUGUCACACAACCAGCUGUCGGGGCUGCUCCCAACAACGCUGCAAAAUCUGGGCAACCUGACGCACCUCAACGUGGCGUGGAACAGCCUCGAGGGCACCGUGCCCACCGCUUUGAACGCGCUGCCUCUGCGCCACCUGGACCUCAGCCACAAUGGCUUUAAUGGCUCGCUUGGGAUGACGGCCCGCGAUGCGCUGUAUGGUCGGAGCAACCGCUUCGACGGCAUGGUGGCAGCGGCGUUUGCCGAUGGAAACAGGGCCCCGCAGAAGACCGUGCCUUGGCAUUUCCUUGUGGACGAUGCCGUGGCGGGUGGCACGCACGCGAAGCACCUGGACCUGAGCUUUAAUCAGAUCGGCGGCACCCUGGAGCCGCUGAGCACGUUGACUGCGUUGACCAGCCUUGACCUGACGGGCAACCAGCUGACUGGCGGCGUGCCCACGUGGGUGAGCGCGUUGACGAGGCUGCGGCGGUUGCACCUGGGGGCGAACCAGCUGGGGGGGGCACUGCCUGCGGAGCUGUUCGCUGGGAGCUCGCUGCAGCAUGUGGAUAUUAGCAGCAACGGCCACUCAGGCGCGCUCCCCGACUUAGCCAGGUGCCCGGCCGUGCCGAAUCUCUCUAAUAACGCGCUGGAAGGCGCGCUGCCGCUGACCAUGGGCACCGCCUGUCAAACCACGCUCACGGAACUCGACCUCUCGCGCAACAAGUUCACCGGACCCAUCCCCACCGCGCUCACGCGAAUUCGCUUCCUCCACCGCAUCAACCUCAGCCGCAACGCCUUCUCCGGCUCCAUUCCCAACUGCUUCGGCGCGCGGCGCGCGCUGCGGGAGCUCGAUUUGUCGGAUAAUCUCCUCGAAGGGAGGAUUCCGUCGGAUCUGGGCACCCACUUGGCGUUGAAGUCGGUCGCGCUGGGCGGGAAUCUGCUGUCCGGGCAAAUACAUUACCGGCUGAGGAAUUUCCCCGUGGAGAGCUUCAGGCCCGACAACUUUCAGCUGUGUGACGCGCCGCUGUCUGCCUGUGUGACGAUGUUGCUGUGA